AUGAACCCGACUGUUCCUCUCAUAUUUCGCAAAGGUGCAACAGCACUCAUAACAGGAGCUGCAUCGGGUAUUGGUCUCGCAACAGCCCAGCGGUGCUAUGCUCAUGGAAUGCACCUAGUGCUCCUUGAUUACAACAGCGACGGGCUUUCGAAUGCCACCAAGCUUUUCCCCACAACGGGGCCUAAUCGAGUCACAACUCAUGUUAUAGACGUUUCCUCGAUGGACGAGUGGGUGCGUCUCAGACCAAAAAUUGAAGCCUUCCAUCCAGGGGGCAUUGACUUCCUCAUGCUAAACGCCGGAGCUGGACUCGCACCCACGAACGGGAAGGGGUUGUGGGAAGACGCGGAAUAUUUCCAAAGGACAUUUGCUAUCAACGUUCUUGGUUAUACUAACGCCCUCGUUGCAUUCCUUGACAGUGUGACGAAAGAGAAAGCCGCCCGGCGAGCUAUUGUCCUGACUGGUUCAAAGCAGGGCAUCACCAACCCUCCGAGUAACCCUGCCUACAAUGCGUCGAAAGCGGCAGUGCGAACCGUCGCAGAGCAUCUUGCAUUUGACUUAUCGGAAACUGCACAGAAUGUCAGUGUCCAUUUGCUAAUCCCUGGGUGGACUUACACUGGCUUUCAUACCGCGGCAUUCAAAGAGAAGCCUCCGGGGGCUUGGACGUCCGAGCAGGUGGUGGAGUUCAUGGUUCAGAAAAUGGCAGAGAGCAAAUUCUAUAUACUUUGUCCUGACAAUGAGGUUACGGAGGAGCUGGACCGAAAGCGCAUUCUCUGGGCGACUCGCGAUCUCACGGAGGGUCGGCCACCCUUAACAAGAUGGAGGGAUGAUUGGAAGGGGGUAAUUGAAUCGGAAUGGGACAAGAUGAUGCCUUGA